AUGAGCACAUUGCAGUGCAUGGGACACUUCUCCACUAUCAGCGGUCUUCCCAGUUUCACAGCCCCUGCUCUCGGGCCCCCCGCUUUGAGUGUCGGGCAGCUGCGCCUGCUCUUCGAGGCGCGCUGUUUGCGGUCGCCGCCGCCGCCGCCGCCGGGGAGCCCCGGUGCCCGCGGGGCCAAGCGGCGUGGGGGACAAGUCCCCAACGGGCUUCCGCGAGCUCCCCCGGCCCCAGUGAUCCCUCAGCUGACCGUGACCGCCGAGGAGCCAGACGUCCCCCCGGCCAGCCCCGGGCCGCCCGAGCCGGAGGGCGGCUGGCUCCCGGCCGUGGGCUCCUCGCACCUGCAGCAGCCGCGCCGCCUCUCCACCUCGUCGCUUUCCUCCACUGGCUCCUCGUCCAUGCCGGAGGACUCGGAGGACGAUCUGCUGAGCGACAGCGAGAGCCGGAGCCGCGGCAACGUGCAGCUGGAAGCGGGCGAGGACGUGGGUCAGAAAAGCCACUGGCAGAAGAUCCGGACCAUGGUGAACAUGCCCGUCAUCAGCCCUUUCAAGAAGCGCUACGCCUGGGUGCAGCUGGCCGGGCACACGGGGAGCUUCAAGGCGGCGGGCACCAGCGGGCUGAUCCUGAAGCGCAGCUCGGACUCGGAGCGGUACUGCCUGGCGCGGCUGAUGGCCGACGCGCUGCGCGGCUGCGUGCCCGCCUUCCAUGGCGUGGUGGAGCGCGAUGGCGAGAGCUACCUGCAGUUGCAGGACCUGCUCGACGGCUUCGAUGGGCCCUGCGUACUUGACUGCAAGAUGGGCAUCAGGACCUACCUGGAAGAGGAGCUGACCAAAGCCCGCGAACGACCCAAGCUGCGGAAGGACAUGUACAAGAAGAUGCUGGCCGUGGACCCCGAGGCGCCCACGGAGGAGGAGCACGCGCAGCGCGCGGUCACCAAGCCGCGCUACAUGCAGUGGCGGGAAGGCAUCAGCUCCAGCACCACGCUCGGCUUCCGCAUCGAGGGCAUCAAGAAAGCCGACGGAUCCUGCAGCACAGACUUCAAGACCACGCGGAGCCGGGAGCAGGUGAUCCGAGUCUUCCAGGAGUUCGUGCAAGGGGAUGCGGAAGUGCUGCGGAGGUAUUUGAACCGCCUGCUGCAGAUCCGGGACACCUUGGAGGUCUCUGAGUUCUUUAGGAGGCAUGAGGUGAUCGGCAGCUCCCUGCUUUUCGUACACGAUCACAGCCAUCGCGCGGGUGUGUGGCUCAUCGACUUCGGCAAGACCACGCCUCUCCCUGACGGCCAGACCCUGGACCAUCGGAGGCCCUGGGAGGAGGGCAACCGCGAGGACGGCUAUUUGCUGGGGCUGGACAAUCUCAUUAGCAUCCUGGCCAGCCUGGCCGAGAGAUGAGGCUAGGGACUAGGCCCCUGUCCCCGCACAGACCCGCUGGUCUCACAAAUGGACCUGCAGCUUUGUCCCCGCUGUGCAUGCUGGGAAGAGACAAACCCAGAGGUUGGGUGGUUCAUAGGGUCCUGUAGGGCCAAGUGCCAACCACUGUGGGACGCACUGCACGCACCAAGGCUGUUCCCCAUACAAACCCAAGCGGUCCCAGAGCCGAUGACACUAAGUUAGGGGGUGGGGGGUACACUGUGACAAUGGACUUCUUCCUGAGUCCAGCUAUUCUGAGGGGGCUCUGUACUUCUCCAGAGAGGUGAGAUAACGAAUUUUAUUUCACAGGCACUAGAUCUAUUGAUCUAUCCUUCCCACACUACAAUGGACUCCCCUCCCCAAUAAAACUCAAAGACACCAGCUU